AUGGACACGACAACGAAGCGCCUGCCGUCUUUUGUGGUGACCUCCAGCAAUGAUGCAACCUUCACGAAGCCCGCCACGCCUGCCAAGACGGGCUCCUCCAUUACUCUCAACCCGGACGCGCAGGAGUUCCGCGUUACCCCGGCCUUUGCCGGCACGCUCUUUUCCAUGCCAUCCGCAGCCGCAUCGGCACCGCCGCCGCAGCGGUGGUUCCAGCCGACAAUGGAUUUCUCGACUCGCCCAACGGCUGGCAACAACGGCACCUCGCAGAGCAGCAGCUCGCCUCCCCCUGCCUCCCCCUCCGCCUCCGCCGCGAGCGAUGCGAUGGACAACCGGCAGCUGGUGGAGCUGACGGAGGCCUACAUGCACCAACUCUACGACCGAAAGUGUAAUGACGAGAAACUUCACAUGGUCUCUGUCUUCCACUUGCACCCGCGCACCACCGACAAGCAGCUGAGCCGCAUCUUCUUCCCCACCGGGGCCUCCGCGGCCGAGGUUCUGGAGCCGCGCAUGAUGCCGGAGUCACUCGCCAAGGCGUUUCUCGCGGUGCGUCAGCGCGCUGGCGUCGUCUUCUUUACUCGUAAGGACUUUGCUAUGGUUGGCGUAGAGAAGGUGCACGACUUUGUGCCCCAUGGCCAGCAUCAGCCGCUCGUGGUGCGUUACUGCGGCCCCGAUCACGAGGCAACGCCGCUGUCCGGCUCUCCGCUGCCCCCGCGCUCUCAGAGCAGCGAUCCGCUUCGAGGCGACGCGCUGUCCUCUGCAAAGGCAACCAGUCCGAGGCCCAGUGACCGCCCAACACCGCCACAGUCGCGCCACAGGGAUGCAUCCAACCCAAGCGACGUCUUCCCUGCGAGCAUUGUGGCGGUGCCGCCCCUCUCCGCCGGGCUCGAGUCCAUCGCGUCCGCCGGUACCACGACGCCGGCGCUGGACGCCGGCGCCAGCUCCACCGCCGCCUACGACUCCAUCGACCACCACUUUUUGCAGAAGUACGCAGGUGAGCAAGUAUACCUUGUCGGAGUGCACAAUCUCGCCUACGGCACCACCCCCAAGUCGCUCUUCAAGAUGUUCUACCCGAUGGGGGCCCUGAACUCGGAGCUGCUGCCGCGACCCGUCUCGGUGGACGGCAAACUGCGCUGCAGCGGCGUCGCCGUCUUCGGUUCCAAAGGGAUGGCGAUGGAGGCAGCGGAAAAGAUGAACGAUUUCGUGCCGCACGGGCAGCGGCGGCCCAUCGUGGCCCGCUUCCUUAAGCGCGCGACGAGCCCCGCCUUUGCCAGCUCUGCCGCCCCCGGCAAUGGCAGCAGCACCACAAGCAGUGCCUACACCGCGACGGCGGCGAUGGCGUCCACGCCUCGCGGGUCGACAUCGUCUCCUAGCCCUGCCUCCGGCAUUUCUUCCGCGGCCGCCCUGCUCGAUUCCGUUGAGAAGCAGCUGCGGUCCAAGUCUCUGAAUGACAGCCAGCUCGCGGCGGAUAUGGCGGCGCUCGUCUUGUGUGCGGAGAGCGGCGAGGCAGAGGCGAGGAAGCUGGCGGCGGUUCUGCGGGACGUGUUGCUCUCCAUGAGAGACCACUCCACCAUCCUCGCGAGUCCGCUCUCUGGGGCCCUCCGCACGCUGCACAGCACGCUGGGCAUUCGCGUGCGCACCGCCCCGGCAACGCCGGCAGACGCCUCGCUGAGCGUCCGCAAGGGCGUUCUUUUUCUCCAGCAGAUUGGCCGUACCCUGAUGAUGCUCGUGGCCGACACCGAGGCAGCCCGUCAGACCCGCAUCGUCGCAGCGGUGCAAUGCGCCUACCUCUACCAGUACACGUACCUGCCCAAGACGCCGCUGUGCUUUGCUGCGACGCUCUUCCGAAACUGUGAGAGGGAGCUGCGGGAGGCGCGGGAGUUUCUGUGCCGCGAGCCGAACGUGCCGUCGAGCCUCGCUGAGGAGCAGCAGCACCGCCCGUGGAUCACGCUGAUGGAUGCGCUGCAUGAGAUGGUGAGCGUCUGGCGCUCUCUCGACCCCCGAACCUACGCGCAGGACGCGGUGCGCGAGGAGUACGAGCGCUUCGUCUGCGAGUUCCGCGGCAUGGACAUGCGGCGCAGCAGCCCGGUGACUAGCACUCUCAGCGUCGCUGCCGUAGCCUCCGCUGGAGGAGGGGAGCACCACAGCGGUGCCUGCACGCCGCGCAACGACGCGCUGGGGGUGCCCGCCGAGGCGGUCAACCACACGUACUCGGCAAAGGGCCACGGCAGCAGCAGCGUCAACGCGAGUGCGAAGAAGUCGCAGUUCGUGACCCCUAGUGCGCGACCGACGCCGCGCCGCGUCGUCUCGAAGUCGUACAGCACCACCAGCGACUGGAAGGUGAAGCAGAGCACGCCGCUUGCGGGGCCGAACUGCGCCGUGCCACCGCAGGUGAUGCUGACCAGCCCGGCCAGCGACUACACCCAGGGCGCCUCCGAGUUCUCGGCGGACAGUAACUCCGCCGGCACGACGAUCAGCAGCGCGCUGCGCUCGCUGGGCCUCACGCCGCAGCACCCGAGCAUGCGCUUCAACUGGGGCUCGAGGCUGCUGUCGGCGGCGCCGCAGCCCGGCAUGCCUCCCAACCCAACUGUGUCUGCUGCUGCCAUGCUGCCUGCAACACCGACGCUCUCUGCGCCUGCUUCCACAUCUGCCACGGCUAGCGCUGCUUCCGGCACCCCCGCCGCUGCCGCCACCUCCGCUGAGCGGUCAGACGCCACAAUGACGGAGCGGACGGUGUACAUCACAAAGCUGCCCUCCUGCCUCAGCGCCGGCCAGGUUCGGCGUCUGCUGCUGCACUUUGGCGACUUCCGCAAAGUUCGGCUGUGCCACGACGACAAGGAGACGACGCGCAUCGGUUCAGCGGAGGCGCUGGCGGCGCACAACCUCAAGUUCGACCAGCUAUGCUUUGGCUUCGUGGAGUUCGUGGAGAGCAGCAGCGCCAAGGCGAUGGUGGAGUUCUUCCGCAACGAGGUGCACACGCCGAGCGCGUUCGACUUCUUACGCGCCGAGGACGUGCACGGUUUCGACGACACUGAACUCAAUCAGCUUCGCAACACACGCACCAGUCAGGCUCGCAAUCCCAUUCACGAUCAGCAGCCCCUCGACGCCACCCGCACACAGCCGUGCUUCUUUGGCAUCAUUCAACCACACCACACCGUUGAUACGUACAGUGAUGCGAUCACGGCGGAAGAGGUGGCCGAGGCGGUGCGGCAGCUGCACCGAGAAGAGGAGGGAGCUCAGCAGCAGCCACUGCCGAUGUGUGCGUCCCCCUUCAUCCGCCCGGCCGUCUUCUCGACCUCCACACCCUACUCGAUGACCGUGUCGAAGGACGUAUCUUUCGGAAGUCCGGUAGCCGCCACCGCCUCCCCGACAGGCGACAACAACUAUGACGAGAACGACGGUGGCGGCUCCGUCGUUGCCGCCCUGCAGCCGAUGGACGCCGUGCACUUUCCCAGUGGCUUUCCAUACCACGAGGUGUUCACUGCCGCCGCCUCGCAGACGGGCGACGGCGACGGCGCUGGCCACCACGACAACAGUGCCGGCAGUAAUGGCCACUUGCCCUCAGACGACAUGGACCUCUACGGCAGCUGCGCCCCGGUCAUUGUGGAGGAGGAAGAGGACGAAGUCGAAGGGCUGCAGGAGUACCAAGUGCAGCAGAUCCUGCAGCUGCUGAGCUGA